GGAAAAUCCUGGGAGCCGCCAUGGGGAGGGCGGGGGUGUCACCCCUGCUUCUCCUCUGUACCUGGCUGACAGGAUGCCUCUCCCUGCUGGUGACGGUGCAGGACACCGAGCGCUACGCCAUGCUCUUCGCCUCCAUCGUCCUCAAGUGCGACUACACCACUUCAGCCCAGCUGCAGGACGUUGUGGUCACUUGGCGCUUCAAGUCCUUCUGCAAAGAUCCCAUUUUUGACUACUACUCUGCCUCAUAUCAAGCGGCCCUGGCGCUGGGCCAGGACCCGUCCAACGACUGCAACGAUGGCCAGCGGGAGGUGCGGGUCGUGGCCCAGAGGCGGGGCCAGAACGAGCCGGUGCUGGGCGGGGAGUACCGUCAGCGCAAAAUCACCAUCCAGAACCGGGCAGACCUGGUGAUCAAUGAGGUUAUGUGGUGGGAUCAUGGCGUGUACUACUGUACCAUUGAGGCCCUCGGGGACACAUCAGGGGACCCCGACAAGGAAGUGAAGCUCACUGUCUUGCACUGGCUCACGGUCAUCUUCAUCCUCCUCGGAGCGGUGGUCCUGCUCGUGCUGGUUGGCGUGUGCUGGUGCCAGGGCUGCCCGCAGUGCUGUUGCUGCUACGUCCGGUGCCCCUGCUGCCCCACUCGCUGUUGCUGCCCUGAGGAAGCCCUGGCCCGGCAGCGCUACAUGAAGCAGGCUCGGUCCCUAAUGUCCCAGUUUCUGGAGCAGCCCCCGGCCUGGGGGGCCGACGGGAGCUACCGGUCUUCUUCCUACCCGCUGAACCCCCUGCUGCAGAGAGAUCUGUCCCUGCAGGCUGGCCUCCAUCCCCCGUCUGUGGGUUCCACCCGCCCACCUGCCAACGGAGUCCUGGACUAUCUGGAGAAGGAGCUGAGGAGCCUCAACCCUGCCCAGCCUCUGCCGCCCCCCCUGGCACUGCCCGCCGGGCUUGCCCAUCCUGGCAGUGUACUAUCCUCCCUGGGCCCCGAGAUCGUGGAGCGCCGGGUUAUCCAGCUGCCCCCGCUUGUCCGUGACCCCCCGCCCUCUCAGAGCACCAGUCGCACCUCCCAUCUGGCCAGGGGCCCGCGGGACCCCCGCAAGGAUAGGGGUGACAGGAGAAGGGCCCGGCCCGGUGGGUGGGGGUGGCAGGAGGAGGAGGAGAAGGACUACCCCUGCGCCGAUUUCUCCCGCAGGGCCUGGCACUGGGAGCGGGAGGCCCGGGGGACCUCAGGGAGGGUGGGCAGCCAUCGGGGGCCCAGCGGGCAUUGGAGCCCACCUGGCGGCUACUCCAGUGAGGGGUCCCAUAGGCCCCCUCCCCAUGCCCUCUCCCGGAGCCGGAGGCGCCAGCGGCACCGGGCGGACAGUCCCCCAUCCCGCCGCCCGCCCCGUGGCCCUCCUCGCCGCCGGCACCGCAGCCACUCGCCCCCGCCACCCUCCACCCGCAGCUCCUGGAGCUCUGAGGAUGAGAAGUGCCCACGCUGGCCCGGCCCCCCACCAUCACCCCGCUGGGCCGAAGAGAAGCCCCCCAGCUACCGGUCACUGGAAGUUGUUCUGGGCAAGCGGGAGCAGAGCCGGGGAAGCGUGGAGAGGCGGUCGGAGAGAAGUUCUCAGAGCGGCCGGAGCAUCAUCAUUUAGGCCACAGGUGGGCCGUCCUCCGCUCCGGGGUCCGUCCGCUCCGGCCCUGGGGCAGUUUGGGGUCGGCCAUCGCUCCGCUCAGAAGGCCGCCACCUCGGUGAGCUUCUUCCGGACCAGACUUUCCUGGGGGGGAAGCUGGGGGUGACGCCCCACCCACCUGGACCCCUGCUCUGCACCAGGGUGUGGCUUCUGCUGGGGCUUCAGGCCAGGUUGCCCUUUGACCUUCCCCUCUCUCCUCACCCCCAGGACCCAAGCACCCUUUCGGGUGUAUCCCCACUCUCGGGGUUUGCCUUGUCUGCUUUCACCGGGAGGACAGGCUCUGGAUCCUUCAACGCUGGGGAAGCGAGAGGGAGAUGUGUGUGUUGGUGCGCGCACAUGUAUGUAUGAGCAUGCAUGUGCUUGCAUACAUGUGUGCACAAGUUUGCCUGCACGGGGGUGGUUGUGCCUCCUAGGCCCGGGGGCUAGAAUGCUGUCUCCCCCUUCCCAUCCACUGCUUCCCAUCUGGAGGCUGAGCUGGGCUGGUCUGGGUCUCCUUAUGGGAAGGAAAGGUGCCUGAGGUGGGAGUGUGGGGUGGGCAGCCUGCCGGAGCCGGGGUCUUCCCAGAUCAGUGGGUGUGGGGGGCCUGAGGCCUUGGCAGGCGACUUGGGUCCAAACCCUCACCAAUGAACUUGUUUUGUGGGCCAAUGGGAGAGAAAGGAAAUGUGGUAGUGGUCGUGGGGUUGUGUGUUUAGGGGCGGAAGGGGGCUCUGGCCCCCCGGACAGGCCAGAGGGCCUGAGGUAGCCAAGCUGCUGGUUCUGCAAGUCCUCUGCACCCUUUACAGUGACAAUACUGAAUAUUCAUUUUUUCCAUUAAACCUACUUCACGCCA